UCAUUUGUUGUUGAUACCUUUAGAGAAUUGAAAGAAAGCAAGUGAUAUGGAAUCAUCAGGGCUGAGGUCCUUGGUCAAAUUAUCAACUGAAGUGGUUUUGGUCAAUACAGAUUUAUAUGCGUCUCAAUUAUAUUUUCUUCCCAUUAACAUUAAAAACAACUUGUUAUACUUGAUGUCAAAAAGAGGAUUACUGCGUGAUAACAAUGUUGGGUUUUUAGUGCAUCAAGGUGUCACUGAGUUGGACUUAACUGAAAGUGAUAUUUCUGAUAAUGGCUUAGUUCAGCUCGAAAGAUGCCCUAAAUUGUCAAAACUCGACUUAAAUUCAAUUAGUGGUAAAAGAACUAACAUAUCAAGUCUUGGUUUGUUAAAACUGUUUAAAAGUCUAAAGUAUUUACAUAUUGUAUAUUUAAGACGAUGUGUUUUAGUUGAUGACAGACCCAUCACAGUGUUGGCAAAAAGUAACUUUCUGUCAGAGUUAAACUUGGGUGGAUGUCCAUUAAUUACAGAUAAAAGUGUUAUAACAUUGUCUCAUUCAUCUUCUCUAAAAUGCAUAAAUCUAUCCAGAACUAAAGUCACAGACAAAGGUCUUAUUAGUUUAGCCACAGGCUAUUGUAAGAAUAAUUUAAGAGAACUUCAAGUUAGCAACUGUCAGGAGGUAACAGAUGUGGGAAUAAAAUCUUUGAGUCAAAACUGUGAAAGGCUGACUAUAUUAACCUUUCAUGGUUGUCCUCAUGUAUCUGUUGAAUCUAGUCUUAAUAUCGAUGCCAACGAGAAAAAAUCUAUGAAAAUGUUGACAUGGACUAUAUAUUAAUGUAUUCAGGUUUACUGAUUCCACGAAUCUAAGUUUGUUUAGCUAAUUGUAUUAUUUUGAAACAAUCAGAAAAUUAUUUUGUUAGUGAA